CGUCCGUUAAAGCGUUAUGUCUGAAGAGCGAGUCAAACAAACGGCUCUCUAUCCACAUUGGUCUAAAUUGGGCGACGGACGUAAGAAGACGUUAUCACUAUAUCCCACCUAGAAGAAAAUUCUAACGAAGGCACCUCCCUUAAUCUUUCCUUUUGUUUUGAGUCAAAUUACUUGAAGCCUGAAAGCUAAACUCCGUGUCGUGAACAAAAACCCAGACCAGACCCACUCUUUUUUUCAAGGGAAUUUCCAAAAAUCUCUUUUAAUUCAUCUCAUCAUCAUCUCCUUUUAUUUUUCUCAAAAAUAAAAAACGCUUUUUUUUUUAUUUUUUAUUUUCUUUAUCAGAAUCUCGUGGAGUACUUGUUAAUCUACACCCAGAAAAAGUGCAGAAUCUGAGUGUGGUGAUUACUGAAUAUAUUGGUGAUCCAUUAGCUUGAUCCGAGGAAGAUAAAUGGGUGAUCAUCUUGUUCUCUGCGUGGACCGAUUGAUUACAUCAGACACUUUGCAAUCUGCAAAUGGUACCGAGGUUUUAGAGUCAUCUGGAGAUCGUCAUAAUUAUCUCGCUGAAUCAUCCCAUUCAAUGGAACCCGAAAUGGCGGUAGAAGAUGGUGUGCCUGAUGAAGAGCAGCCACUCAUUCAGGGUGUUGAGUGCAGAAUUUGUCAAGAGGAGGAUACGGUAAAGAAUUUGGAGGUGCCUUGCGCUUGUAGUGGCAGUUUGAAGUAUGCACACAGGAAAUGCGUUCAAAAGUGGUGCAAUGAGAAGGGUGACACUAUAUGUGAGAUUUGUCAUCAGCCUUAUCAACCAGGUUAUACUGCACCACCACCUCCCCCUAUUGAUGAUACUACUAUCGACAUCGGUACUCAAUGGACUGUGUCUGGUGCACCUUUAGACUUAAAUGAUCCGCGACUUUUGGCAAUGGCGGCGGGUGAAAGACGUCUGCUUGAAGCUGAGUAUGAUGAGUAUGCCGACACCAAUGCCAAUGGAGCAGCAUUUUGCCGCUCUGCUGCCCUCAUUUUGAUGGCUCUGCUACUCUUGAGGCAUGCACUCUAUGUCACAAGUCCUGAUGGAGAGGAGGAUGAUGUCUCCACUUUCUUCUCUCUUUUCUUGCUUCGAGCUGCUGGGUUUCUUCUUCCAUGCUACAUAAUGGCUUGGGCUAUUAGUAUAUUGCAACGCCGAAGACAAAGACAGGAAGCAGCAGCAUUGGCAGCUGGGGAAGUAGCAUAUGUGAUACAGACAGGACAACAUGGAGGUGUGCACUUCACCAUAGCGCCUGGUCCUGCCCCUGCAGUCUCUCAUCACCCCGAACCACAUCAAUUAUCUGCUUAGCUUACCAAUUGUGCCAAUUUUUUUUGGCUUAAACAACAUACCAUGCUGUAACUUUCUCGUUAAGAUAAUUAUACCAUUGAAGGGUCUUGAGAGUUGAGACACUCUGCCCGUAGCUCCCGUCAUUUGCUUGUAUAUAUGAAAACAAACCAUCAUGCCCGAAUCUUUGUACUUCAUAAUUCAUUGCAAGCAACAAGUUACCGAGGCUUUUGAUAUCAGUCA